ACACGCACACGCUGACGGGCGCGUCAUUCCUUUCUGUCGACCGAACCUCAACUUGAAAAAAAAGGCUGCUUUACUUGCGUAGUUUACUGGAGCUCUCGUUCGUCUGGUCAUUUUAAUGAAACCGCUUGUUUCCCGCGCAGCACAUCAACAGCAGCCGCCACAGACCGGAAUGAGUAUUACAUUAGAAACGGUUCUUUAUCUGAGGUGUUUUAAGUUUUCGACCGCAGGGGUCAGACUCAUGGGUGACAAAAACUCUGUCUGCUAAGCUGCUGUUGAGUUUUAUGUUUUAUGGUUCAUGAUUAUGUUUGUAUUACUUUCUAACACAUGUCUGUUUAUUGCAUUUAAAGGAUAUCACAGAGAAGAUUUCCAUUAAUGGGGACGAUCUGUUCAAUUACACCGAGGACUACAACUACUCCUACAACUACAACUACAACUACAACUACUCCAGCGACUCCUGCUGCGGUCAUGUGUGUACCCAGCAUGCAAUGCUGUCGUUUGACAGCGUCUUCCAGCCCGUGCUGUACUCCCUGAUCUUCGUGCUGGGGUUGCUAGGGAACGGGCUGGUCAUAGCCGUGCUGCUGCAGUUCAAGCGCACCUGGAACGUGACGGACACUUUCAUCCUCCACCUGGCGCUGGCCGACAUCCUGCUGGUCAUCACGCUGCCCUUCUGGGCCGCCGAGGCCGUCCACGGCUGGGUCUUCGGAACCGGGCUCUGCAAGAUCGUAGGGGCCACUUUUAAGGUGAACUUCUACUGCGGGAUAUUUUUGCUGGGCUGCAUCAGCUUGGACCGCUACCUGUCCAUCGUCCACGCGGUCCAGAUGUACACCCGGAGGAAGCCUUGGGUGGUCCAGGCCAGCUGCGUGAUCGUGUGGGGGGUCUGUUUCCUCAUGAGCGUCCCUGACCUGGUGUUCCUGGAAGCCGUGAAGGACGUCAGGAGAGACGGCCGGACGGAGUGUUCCCACAACUACAGCAUCGAAGCGGCAGGACACUGGAGGCUCUUCUCCCAGCUCCUGUACCACAUCGCUGGGUUCUUCUUCCCCUCCGUGGUCAUGGUCUUCUGCUACACCAUGAUCCUCCACACGCUGGGCAAGUCCCAAGGCCUCCAGAAGAGAAAAGCCAUGAAGGUGAUCCUGGCUUUGGUGGUGACUUUCUUUGUGUGCUGGACGCCUUACAACGUGGUCAUCUUCUUGGACACGCUGGUCUCGGCGAUAGCGAUGGAGCCAACCUGCGAGAUGCAGAAUUUCCUGGAUAUUGGGAAGACCGUCACCUCCUGUCUGGGGUACCUGCACUGCUGCCUGAACCCCAUCCUGUACGCCUUCGUGGGGGUGAAGUUUCGGAAUAACCUCCUGGAUGUUUUGAGCACGCUCGGCUGCAACAUCAAGAAACACGUCCGGCCGGUCGGGAGGAGGGGAUCCAAUUGGUCGGAAUCUGGGGAUACGUCAUACUCCGGAAUCUGAGUGUUUUGAGGAAAAGCUCCAGGGGGCCACAGCACAGUCACAGAGCUUUUAGAACCCCAUGCAAAAUGGACACCAUUUUUUUUUUUUUUUUUACAGUAGGCUAAAAGAAACAUUUUUAAUGUUAGUUUUUUUUUUAAAAUAAAUAUCCCUGAAUGAUAUGGAAAUAACUAUAUAUAUGUGGGCAAGCAGUGUGGAGUAGUUGUUAGGGCUCUGGACUCUUGACCGGAGGGUCGUGGGUUCAAUCCCAGGUGGGGGACACUGCUGCUGUACCCUUGAGCAAGGUACUUUACCUAGAUUGUAAAAAUAAUGUGAUAGCUUAUUUCAAUUGUAAGUCGCCCUGGAUAAGGACGUCUGCUAAAAAAUAAAUAAUAAUAAGUGAUUUUAUAAGUAGCCUAACACCUUACAUGAAGUGUCUCCAGUGACAGUGUAUUUACAUCGGAGUUACAUGCAAAACAUGUACAGAUUAAGAGCAUUGUAACUAUGCACACUGAAAUUGUAAUGCUGUGUAGCACGCAUGUAUUUACUAAGUAAUUACUCUGUAAUCACACAGUCAUUAGGGGCGCUUCAUGGAAAGUGUUACAGUAUUUUAAUGGAAACCCAGGGCGAGAAUCUGUAAAUAUCUCAGUGUGUCCCUCUAGCAUGCUGUAGGGUGUAGAUAUGUACAUAGAUAGUAUUGAUGAGUCUGUAAAUAUGAAUGGUGCAUUUAUUCUGUUUAGUCUAACAUUAGUUGAAGGAUCCAGUUAUAACACAUUUAUUGACCAGUAUAGUAUUGAAGAUUUUAAUGAUAUAUAUGCAAUUCUGUAAAUAUUAAUGCUGCCUUUAUUCAUUCGGAUCCAGUUUUAGUUUAGGGAUUCAAUUAGAAAGCAUCUAUUAACAAGUAUGUUCUUAAAUAUUAUUAUUAUUAUUAUUAUUAUUAUUAUUAUUAUUAUUAUUAUUAUUAUUAUUAUUAUUAUUAUUAUUAUUAUUAUUAGCGAUGACUAACAGCAGAUUCAUAUCAUGUUUUAAUCAAAAUGUAAUACGAAAUGCUACUGUACUACUAUUAUGGCUUCCGGUAGACUUUUGUGAUAUCAUGUUGCAGUUUCUUUGAUUACAUGAUGUUAAAUAAAAUAUAAAGUGUGUUCAUAUGGUUUUCUAGGUGCUGCAAAGCUUUUGUCCUCGGCUGUAUGUGAUUAAGCGAUAAAUGUGUUUUUUUUUUCCUCGUUUUUUUUUUUUUUUUGAAUGGAAGUGAAUUGCAUUGUGAAACUCCUGAAACUUCUUUGUGAAACUCUUCCCUGGCAAUAGCAGUGUAAUAUCGCUUAUAACACACAAGUAUGAAUGCAUGGAUACUUAAUAUGUAAUAUUUUCAACCCAUCUGAUUUUAUUUUUGUGUCAAUAAAGGAUAUUUUGUGCAGA